AUGACCAUAUUUGUUCAUUUGGUCUUCCCUGAUGAUGUCAUAGUGAGGAAUGUUCCAGAACAAAGCCGUUACCAUGGAGAGCCAUUGUUGUUGCUUUUUAUCGAUGAUGUCACAAUGAGAAGGAAAACGUUACCAUGGAGAUAUCUUAUACUGACCAUCCAUCUAUUUAUUAAAGAUCCCAGUGGAAUAUUAGAACUGGGAGAAACCCUUGGCCAGGGUUCCUUUGGCCAGGUGUACAAGGGUCACCAUCUUAAAACCCUUGAAGAAGUGGCUGUGAAAGUCAUUUAUAUCCAAAACCAGGAUCACAAAGAGAGAAUCUCCAAUGAGAUUAAAAUCCUUGAAAAGGUCUCACGGCACAGCAACAUCGUGUCAUUCUUUGGCGCAUUCCAGCCGCCUGACUCCAUAGAGAGGCCUGUAUGGAUUGCAAUGGAAUUUUGCGGAGGCGGCACAGUAGCCGAACUUUUAGAUUUGUUACCAGGCAGAUCACUUCCCAAGACAUGGAUCUCCUACAUCUGUCGGGAAGCCUUAAAGGGCCUGACCUACCUCCAUAAGAAGAGAAUUAUUCAUCGGAAUGUAAAACCGCUCAACAUCGCGCUUACGGAGGACGCCGAAGUGCGUUUAAUUGACUUCAGCAUCGCUAAAAAACUAAAACGGCGCAAAACUUGCAAAGAACUGCAAGGGACACCACAUUUCGCGGCACCUGAGGUGUGGACUGGUGGACCGUAUGAUUUUAAGUGUGACAUAUGGUCAUUAGGCAUCACAGCCUUAGAGAUGGUAAAGAGAGCAAUCCCACGAUCAUAUUUACCACCUAAAACAAUUGGAAUUGCCAACGUUCGUAAUGACCCUCCAGAGCUGAUUAUAUCAUAUAAAUGGACUACGGAAUUCUACUCAUUUGUUAAAGACUGUCUGACCAAGAACCAAACAGGCAGACCAAAGGCAAAACAUCUCCUAAAAAACCAUCCUUUUGUAAAUAACAUACAAAAUGAAGCUGAGGUGAGAGAGGAAAUUAGAGCUUUCUUCCUCAGAAACAAUGAAGCUGAGUCAAAGAAUGGAUUUAGUAAACCUAGAGAAGAACCUAGGGAUACUGAAAAGAAAAGAACCAGCUCUCAAAUUCUUAAACCUGCUGAAGAAAAGCAGAGCUUGCCAAUGGCUGAGAACAUGGACGUAGAAAUUGCAAGCUUAGUUGCUGUCCUUGAAAGCAAGGAAGAAAAUGAAUUUAUUAUAGAAGAGAAACUGGACACAGAAGAUGCCAGUUUAUUAACAUCAGAAAUCAAAAACAUCUCAAAGAUGAACAAGAACAAGGAUGAGAAACUGGCUGUAGAAGCUGCACGCUCAGACACAGAAGAAGCCAGUUUACAACCAUCAGAAGGGGAAAUCAUCUCAAAUAACUCUGAGGACCUGCAUGCAAAACAAGAUGUAUGUACAGUCCAUGUUCAGGAGUUGGCUCCUGAAAUAGAACAAGAUGCACUCAUUGCACAUGAACUAACCCCAGAAAACAACAGGAAUGCAUCUAUUAAUAAGAAUGAUUAUGAGUUACCUCAAGUUGGCUCAACCACUGAGGAGGAAUUUUUCAUGGCUGAUGAGUUUUCUCCACAAGAGAAACUGAAGCCAGAAGACACCAACAAAGAAGAAGAAGAGGAGGAAUUUUUCAUGGCUGAUGAGUUUUCUCCACAAGAGAAACUGAAGCCAGAAGACACUUACAAAGAAAAAGAAGAAGAAAACAAUGAAGACACCAAAGAAGAUGAACAGGGGACACCAACAAAUACCAUCAGAAUACUUGGUGUUACUGCUUCCCUGGUUUUUGGUCUGUAUCUCUUAUUUGCUGUGGUGAUUGGUUGUAAAAACUAGGAUCAACCCACACAUCUGAUGCAACAUGAUUGUUUCACUCUACAAAUUUGGGCAUUUUCACUUGUCCCCCUUGGGGUGAUUAUCAAAGCCCUUUUAUUUUUGUAUUUAA